UCACGUGACCCACAUCGAAAGUAUCAGGGCUUUGAAGAUAAGAGACAAUGACGUUUUGAUUGCAGCGUACCCCAAAAGUGGUGAGAUUAGUUCGUGUUUUAUUUCGCCCCUCCGCAGGGCUGCCACACCUUGGGAAAUUCUCCAAGAUCUUGGGAAUUCACUACCCCAUCCAGGAUAAAAACUCACUUUUUCUUUAAAAAUUCCCAAUAUAAUUCCCCUUUUUUAAAAAAACAAACUCUUAUAUAUUAUCAUUAUCUUGGGAAAUCUUGGGAAAUAUUUUGAUCAAAUCUUGGGAAUUUAAGAAAAAUUGAGUGGCAGCCCUGCCCCUCCGUUGGGAUGUUAACAGCAUUAGGUUCAGGUGUAGGUUCAGCAGGUUCAAACCAUUGGGAUGGGGUAAGGAAGAGGAUGGACGAUGUGAGACCAAGUGGAAACAAAACUAAUUCAACACACACACAUCAUACAUCUCUCAGAUUUUUAUCUAUAUAAAUAUUUAUAUAACGUGACUAGACAAAAUAGAUGUUUGUUGUGUCCCUCCUGCAGGCACCCACUGGUUGUGGGAGGUAACUCACAUGCUGCUGAACCAGACGACCGAGCAUGAGAAGCGCGCCAAGGAACAAGUCAUGCUGGAGUUUGCCGAUGCCCUGGCAAGGGUGGAAAAGGAACCUUCCCCAAGGAUUCUCAAUUCUCAUCUUGUGUUCCCCCAUCUCCCGCUAGAAGUCUUCACGAAAAAGAUCAAGGUAACAAGAAUGUAG